AUGCCCCCGCCCCAACAGAUCGACCUGAACGUGACGUCACCGGCGGUGCUCAGCGCGGCCGUGCUGCGGCGCUUCAUGGGGAUCCCCACCUGCCGAGAGGUCACUGUCGUGAACGUAUCCUCUGUCAGCUGGUGCCGCGCAUACGAGACCUUUGGUGUGUAUGGGGCCGGCAAGGCCGCGCGGCACAUGCUGCUGGUGGCCACCCCUGCGCUGGAGGCCGACAUGUUUCACCCACCAAACAGGGCGGCGCAUGGUGACUCAGACUAUGGCCAAGACAGCAGCGACAGCGGCAGCAGCAGCAGCAGCAGCAGCAGCGGCGGCGGCGUCAGCGGCAGCAGCGGCGGCGGCAGCAGUGGUGGCCGCCGGCAUGAUGGGGGCGGCGGCGCGCAGCAGCGGGGCCCGCGCGUGCGGACGCUCAGCUACGCGCCAGGGGCGAUAGACACGGAAAUGCAGGCAGCUGCGCGGGAGGCGCUGCCGCCGAUCCCGCUCAAGGCGGCGUUUGAGGCGAACGCUGCGGCGGGGCGCCUGGUGAAGCCGGCCGACAGCGCGGCCGCGCUGGUGCGGUUGCUGGCGCGCCCGCGCGGCGAGGUGCCCAACGGCUCGCAUUGGGACUAUUAUGACUGCUGCGACGGAUGGGUGCUGCUCGUCUGCGGCAUGGGCGCGUGGCUGGCCAAGCGCAAGGGCCUCAACCGUGCCGCCAUCAACGCGGUGUCGUCGGUCAACUGGUUCGCCCUGAUCCCCUCCCUCAUGUUCUCAUCCAUCGUGGGGGCCGUCACGCCGGGCACGCUCUCGAGCCUCUGGCCGCUGCUGGUGGCGUCGCUGCUGCACAUCCUGAUCGGCGUCGUGCCGGCGACCCUGCUGGCGUGGGCGGCGCGGCUGCCUAAGGACAUGGCCUUCUUCACGGUCAUGGCGUCCUCUCUGCCCAACUGCGGCAACCUGCCCUGGCUGUUCAUGCCUGGGCUCAUCCGUUACUACGCGGCGCCAGAGGCGGCCAACGAGCAAGUGCAGCGGAUGGUGGGGCUGGUGUCGGUCUACACAAUAGUGGUGGUGCUGGUGACGCUCGUGGUGCCGUUUCUGUUUAAGCGGCCGCCGGACACGCUGCUGCUGCCGCGCAGCCGGUCGGAGGAGCAGCAGCGGCACGAGCAGCAGCAGGAGCAGCAGCAGGAGCGGCAGGAGCAGCAUCACGGGGAGCGGGAUGAGCAGCAGCGGCGGCGGCAGCGAGAUCAGGAGGAGCGCGGAUCCGAGGAUGGCUCAGAAGGAGGCGACACUCAGGCGCGCCGGCACCACAAGGAGCAGCCGCACGCGGUCGCCUGUGUGCUGGCGAGCGCGCACCGCGUCGCGCCCGACGACGACGGCGCGCCGCCCGCCGGCCUCCCCGACGCUCACAGCGCCGCGCUCACCGCGGCGCCGGAGGCUGGCAGGCGUGGCGGCCCGGCAUUCUGGGGCCCGGACGCGGCGGCGGAUUCCGGGCCGCCUGGCUUGGUGGCUAUCGCCUCCAUCAGCAGCCUGGCGGAUGACUGCCAUGUGUUUGAGCUCGACGCCGCAGAGGACGGCGCCGCGCUGCCGCCCGCGGCCGCGCACCGCGACUACGCCCACCACCCCCUGCAGCACCAGCAGUUUGACAGCUUCGCGAGCCACCGCAGCGGCAGCCACCUGCUGCAGCAGGGGCGGCAGCUGUGGGGCAGCUUCAGUCGGAGCCUGGGGCGCAGCUUCAGCCGCGGGCUGCGGCGCAGCAACAGCCGGGUGCAGCUCGUCUGGACUUUCCCGAGCGGAUGGCAGCCGGCGCGCAGCGGCGGCGCAGCGGCAGCAGCUGCACCGCCGCCGGCUCGGCAGCCGGACGGCCGCGCUGUUGCCGCCGCCCCCGCCGCUGCUGUGCCGCCGCCCCGCGGCCUGCGCGAAUCCUGGCGGCGCGCCCGCGCGGCCGUCGGCCCGCCGCCGCGGUGGGUGCAAGCGGCGGUGCUUAGCUGGCGCGCGGUCUACGCCCACCCCGUGGUGAACCUGCCCCUGGGUGCGACGAUCGUCGGCCUGGCGUGCGCGGCCGUGGGACCCGUGAGGAAGCUGCUCGUGGAUGACCUGGCGCCGCUCCAUUGGCUGUGGUCGAGCCUGGUGUGGGUGGGCGCGGCCUCCGCACCGCUGGCGACGAUGCAGAUCGGGGCUGAGCUGCUGCAGGGGCCGCCGGUGGUUGCGUCGUCGCGCAUGAGGGUGUCCCGCCGGUCCAAGGUUGUCGCGACGGCGAUCUCAAUCGUGGUCAAGCUGAUACUGGUGCCGCUCAUAAACGUGGCGAUCAUGCGCAACGGCGGCUUCGGCCGCCUCGCGCCCGCCGGCGACCCCCUCUACCAGCUCCUCCUGCUGGUGGAGGGCGCGGUGCCUGCCGCCGUCACGCUGCUCGUCGUCUGCGGCCGCGUGUACCCGGACUCGAGCCCCCUCAGCACCAUCCUGUUCUGCCAGUACGUCGCGUCGCUGUUCACGCUGCCGGCGUUCAUCGUGUGGUUCCUGAGCAUGCUCGACCUCUAG